AUGCAAGAGGAACCGGAGACCACAACUCGCGCCGCUUCUGCGCACAGCAGCUCCAACAACAACAACAGUUCUUACCCACCCUCCGAACUGCCUCCGUCCCUGCACCUCAGUUUCCAAUUGCCGCCCAAGGCCGAAGCGCCCUCCCCAGUGCUCCCUAAGCGAAGGGGUCCGAAGAAGCAGUACAAGCGCGGCCGGAACGAGUCCCAGAAGCAGGUCGAGGCCCGGAUACGACUCCACGAGCACAGGCAGCGAUGGCUGCGCCAGAUUCAGACCCCUGAGAGUGGGGGUGACGACGCAGACAAUAGCGGGGGGCUAGGCCCUGAUGACGACAGUGGUGGUGGUGGUGACGAUGAUGGCGGGGACUACUCGCCACACGAAGAACCUUCGCCGCCCGCGACUCCGCUGCUGCCGCCUCAGCUUUCAGCCGUGGUGGCAGCCCGUCAUAGCAGCAGCAGUGACGAUCCGGCCACCAAGAAGCGGCACAGACGAAAGGAGAGCGAGCGGCUCCUCGCCGAAGCGGGUGCCACCAUCAAGAAGGAGCAGGGCACCACCCAGCUGGACGAGAGCGCCCUCGCCAGUGGCUGGAAGACCAUUACCAAGCCUAAGAAGGGGCUGGCGAAGGGAGCGGCGAAGGACGAGGAGGAAACGGUCUACGUCGGACCCGAUGGCAAGGAAUACCGAUCCCUCCGACUGGUGAAGCGGAUCAUCGACGGCACCCACUACAAGAAGUUCGACGGCGACGAUGACGACGAGGGCCACAGCGGCAAGACCCCCGCUAAACGGUACCGACGUCAUUCUGGGGAGCCGCGCGACACAAGGACCGACGAAGCCAAGAGCCCUGUCGUCUCGCCACUACCGGCCCAGGCCAAGUGCGAGCCCGCUUCUCAGAAUUCAAUGCUCGAGGUUGCCCAGUUUCUGGACGCGCUGGCGACCGCCGCCGUCAGCCAGGCGCCCACCUCCAUCGACAAUGGCGGGAGACAGAGGUGGACCGAAGCGGGAACCAGGGCCGUGAAGAGCGACGAAGUGCAAGGUAAUGCUGGGGCCAGGGUCAACCUCGGUGGUCGCCUUUUAGGGACAGAAGCAAAGGAAAUCGAGGGAAGCAGCAGCGACAGCGGCACCGAGGAGGUGCGGCGGCGGCAACAGCAGAAGAAGCACAAGCGCAAACGACCACCCACGAGCCGCACGCAGGCAACGAAGAGAAGCCACACCGAAACAGUUUCUGGUGCGGAAGAGAACAUUCAAGCGCGAGCGCAGGCGAUCAUCGCGCGAAGCAAUCAAAUUGCGACCACCCCGGUUGAGGCCGACCUCAACAGGCGUCGGAACGACACCACGCGAGGCCCACAGAGCUCGCCCGGACUCACGGGCUCUCCUCUUCCUCCUGUUCAUCGGCCGGAAGAAACGGCGACAUCGACAACACCUGCGCCACCAGGUCCUACUCAACCGACAAGUGCCGCUGCUGCGGCCGAUCAGAAUCACGAGGAGCACAAGGUGAGGCUCGUCAUGCGCCAACUGCUCGACCACUUUUCCCAGCACCUCCAAUCAUCUACAGGUCUCCCCUCGUCGUCUUCGUCGUCUGCAGCCAACAAACAGGCUUCCCAUCCGCGCUCGGGUCCUUCUCUCCUUCAGCCGCCUUCUCCUGCGCCCUUCCCUCAUCUCCCGCUCCUACCCCGCUCGGGCGCCCCUCCGGAGCUUUUGACAGUUGCCGUUCCGCAGCGCCCAACUCCCUCCCUCGGCUCAGUCACCCUGCCAUCUGUGUCAACGGUUCCACGCGGCAGUUUUCCAGCAUCCUCUGCGGCGCACGAGCCACCAGCAGGUGCCUUGCCACCGCUCGCGGCUCUGAUGAUACCCUCCACCACUCCCCUGUGGUCGCUCGCUGCCACUUCGGCUCCUUCCACCAGCGGCGCCUUCUCCGCGCCUGGGGGGCUCUCGGCCGCGGCCACGCUUCUCUCCUCGUCCCUCGCCUCCCCGAAUCCCACCCGAUUGCCGCCGUCAAGCGGAGGAGGACUGGCCCUACCAUCCAUCGCCGCGCUCCUCGGUGACGGGAUCCCCGCUGGCCUGCCACCACCAGUAAGCCGCAAUGCUCACACUUCCAAUAAAGAGUGA